CUGUCCCUCAGCCCUGGGGAAGGCUAUGCGUUGCAGACUCACUGCUGGAAUGAAGAGUGAUUGAGUUGGAGCUGAGGUCAAGGUAAAUCUCUGCUCCCAGUCAUUGCUGCAGCCUCCCCUUCCCUUUCCCUAGCUCCUCAGCAGCUUCCCCUGGUGCAAAUCCCCUGCAAAGACACCGAAGCAGCCGCUGAAGUUGCCGGGCGCAGGGCUCCGGAGACAUUGGCUCAGGAACUUUUCACGUCAUUCCCAGCUCCGGAGCCCCUAGUCGCGGCGGCGCAGCCUUUCCCACCGCGGAUCCCCGGUGCUCAUGGGGCAGGCAGAGACAAGCUUGCAGCAGUAAGCCGAACCGGACCAGUCCGUGAUGUCCAGCACCAAAUUGGAGGAUUCCCUCCCUCGUCGCAACUGGUCAUCUGCUUCAGAGCUGAAUGAAACUCAAGAGCCGUUUUUAAACCCCACGGACUAUGACGACGAGGAAUUCCUGCGGUACCUGUGGAGGGAAUACCUACACCCAAAAGAAUAUGAGUGGAUCCUGAUCGCAGGGUACAUCAUCGUGUUCGUUGUGGCUCUCAUCGGGAACGUCCUGGUCUGUGUGGCAGUGUGGAAGAACCACCACAUGAGGACAGUCACCAACUACUUCAUAGUCAACCUUUCCCUGGCAGAUGUGCUUGUGACCAUCACCUGCCUUCCAGCCACCCUCGUUGUUGACAUCACUGAGACCUGGUUCUUUGGACAGUCCCUCUGUAAGGUCAUUCCUUAUUUGCAGACUGUGUCAGUGUCUGUGUCUGUUCUUACAUUGAGCUGCAUUGCCUUGGACCGAUGGUAUGCAAUUUGUCACCCUUUGAUGUUCAAGAGCACAGCCAAACGGGCUCGAAACAGUAUCAUCAUCAUCUGGAUUGUCUCCUGCAUCAUAAUGAUUCCUCAAGCUAUUGUCAUGGAGUGCAGCAGCAUGCUCCCUGGCUUAGCCAAUAAAACCACCCUCUUUACAGUAUGCGAUGAGCACUGGGGCGGUGAUGUUUACCCAAAGAUGUACCACAUCUGCUUCUUUCUGGUGACGUACAUGGCCCCUCUGUGUCUUAUGGUAUUGGCUUAUCUGCAAAUAUUCCGUAAACUCUGGUGCCGACAGAUUCCAGGAACUUCUUCUGUGGUUCAGAGAAAAUGGAAGCAACCACAGCCAGUUUCUCAGCCGCGAGGGUCCGGACAGCAGAGCAAGGCCCGGAUUAGUGCUGUAGCUGCUGAGAUAAAGCAGAUCCGAGCCAGAAGGAAAACAGCCCGGAUGCUCAUGGUCGUACUUCUGGUCUUUGCAAUUUGCUAUCUACCAAUCAGCAUCCUCAAUGUGCUAAAGAGAGUAUUUGGGAUGUUCACACACACCGAAGAUAGAGAGACUGUCUAUGCUUGGUUCACAUUUUCUCAUUGGCUUGUAUAUGCUAAUAGUGCUGCAAACCCAAUCAUUUAUAAUUUUCUUAGUGGAAAGUUUCGAGAGGAAUUUAAAGCUGCCUUUUCUUGUUGUCUCGGGGUUCCUCAUCGCCAAGGAGAUCGGCUCUCCAGGGGACGCACAAGCACAGAGAGCAGGAAGUCCCUGACCACUCAGAUCAGCAACUUUGAUAAUGUAUCAAAACUCUCAGAGCACGUGGUGCUCACCAGCCUAAGCACACUCCCAGCAGCCAACGGGGCAGGACCACUUCAAAACUGGUAGAACAUUUAUUGCUAUGAGGAGGAUACACGACUCAACUAUUCUUUUAUACAAACUUUGUGAACGGAAGUUUCAGUAU